CACUUUUUUUCUUGGCUCACAAUCUGAUGUAAGUAGGCAUGUUUCUGGUGCUCUAGUAAUCAUUUAAAUUUGGGAAAUACAAUUUCGGUAGAUGUUACUAUGGAACUUUUUCUGUACCGCGGUGAGUGGGGUCUUCCCACGAUAGAUCAGGAAUGUGCCCGGAUUUUGGCAUACCUCAAAUUUGCUGAUGCAAAAAUUACGCUGAACUUCAAUGGGAAUCCCUUCAGUUCCCCGAACGGUAUGCUACCGUAUCUGGUCACUGAGGAGGGCGCCAAAAUAGGUGGCUACUCGAAGAUUGUCGAGUACCUACAGUCCAAAGGAUGGGAUGCCAACGCACAGCUUGAAAAUCUUAACUACAUGGCAAUCAACGGUCCCAUACAGUACGUGAUGGAGAAUCUGCAUCCCUACUUUAUGUACAGCAUGUGGGGUGAUCCGAAAAAUCUGGACACUACCCGGACGCUGUACGCAAAGCGUAUUCCGAUACCGUUUAAUUUUUAUUGCCCGCGCAAGUACGUUCAGAAGACUGAGCAGUUGAUGCUCACAUUGGCCGACUUUGCGCUGGACGAUUCGGUUGAAUUCCACGAUGUUAAAGAUAUUUUAGUGAACGCCAAGAAAUGUAUUAACUGGAUUUCGGAGAAGCUGGGCGAGAGUAUUUUUUUUCUCGGUGAUGCACCUUGCGAAAUCGAUACCAUCCUGUAUGGGUACCUGUCGGUGAUUGCAAAGCUAACCCUGCCCAAUGGGAUUUUACAGAACCACGUGAAGCAAUGCGAAAAUCUAGUCAAAUAUGUGGAUCGAAUCAGCAAAACCUAUUUUGCCCGGGAAGGCUUCACUAGCGCAAAGGAGAGCGGUGAUGGUCAAAACGGCUAUAGCUCCUCGAAUGGAUCAAACGGCAAGAACGGAGAACAACCGAAGACACAUUACGAUGGAACCCAACGAGAGGACGACACACCAUACGAUCGAAAGAAACGAUACGUUGUUUCCGGGCUGUUUGCCACGGUGGCCAUGGUCGGAUACGCUCUUCUUUCGGGGAUCCUGACGAUCUCACGUAACGAGUAUGGUGGUAUGAACUUCAUCACGCACGACGAUGACGCAGACGACUACAACGACGAAGACUAGAGAAAGCCGAUCUCCGAUCAGAAAGUAACCGUAACACUCCUUCGUUCAAAUAAAUGGUAGCUUAAAAAAUACUUAAGUA